GGUGACUCAUUCCCGUGGACGCGCGAGCGCUGUUUCAGUUUGCGGAAGUGGAAGAGUUUUGUCGUCAAGUCGCAGACGUAAACAAGCCCAAAUGUUUUGGUGUGACCUUGGUGCGACCCCGUGAUGAAGAUCCAUGGCAAAAUCCUGCACCACUACCUGUCCAGCGGUGCACCUGACAAAGAGGGAUACCUGUACAAAAAGGGGGAAGUGAACACUUCUUACCAGAAACGUUGGUUUUCCCUCAAAGGGAACCUGCUGUUUUAUCGGGAGCGCCGGAGUGAGCGUGAUCUCCUGGGUGUGAUCGUGUUGGAGCACUGCAUCGUCCAGCUCUGUGAUUCGGAAGAGCUCUUCGCCUUCUCCGUGUCAUUCUACGGUGACACCGAGGACACAGACAGCCUGCGCACGUACAAGUUCUCAGCCGAGGAUCAGGCGAGUCAGGAGAGCUGGGUCAAGGCCCUCCACUCAGCCAACCACGCCUAUCUUGACGUCCUCGUCCGAGAUCUGCGGGAGCAAUAUCUUGAGGCAGCAAGAAACGCUGGAGUCGACCCGGUGGACGGCAUGUCAGCAAAGGAAAAGCUGCACCAUUUUCAGAAGUCUCACAAAGGCACGGGUUCGACCUCGGUCUUUUACACACCGAAUGAAAACAAGUCGCUACAAGCCCUGCCCACCAACUUUAAGCAAGCUACCAAACGUUCCCCUAAACUUUGGCCCAAGCGUCACACUCUCGACCCCACGCCGUGUAUUACGGAGUGGGUGGAGCCUUUGCAGGACUUCUGUGAACUGCACGAGCACUUUGGACAGGAAGUGAGGAAACUUGUGGCCGAGUGGCAGAAGAAGAGACUGGAAAAGAUGGCGCAGGCUGAGGGAAAUCUGAUCGACUUGGGGUAAAAAAUAAGAUCCAUCCAUUCUCCGUAACCGCUUAUCCUGUGCAGCGUAGCAGGCAAGCUGGAGCCUAUCCCAGCUGACUAUGGGCGAGAGGCGGGGUACACCCUGGACAAGUCCCCAGGUCAUUGCAGGGUAAAAAUAAGAUACGGAAACUAAUUUUGUUGCACUUGUCUUUCCUUUUAACUCGAUGUCUGAAUGUUAAUGUAUGUGUAUAAAGUCAGGGUGAGUGGUAUGACCUUAUCACAUUAUCAUUCUACAUUAUUUUACAGUACUUUUAUAUCUAUACUUCAACGCUGCAGUAAUAAAUAGCUGAUUGGAUGUUAAAGUCCUUUAACAAUUGUUUUUAAAUCAUUUAUUUUUGUCAUAUUUUAAAAUAAAAAUAUUUUCUCAUUGGGUUUUGGGUACAUAUUUAAAUGUAAAGAUUUUAUAUAGCCCUUUUGUUAUAUUUCCCAUGCUUUAAAAAAAAGAAAUUACAUUUUAAUAAGUUAUUUAAGUGAUGAAGUUAUCCUAAAAUUUUGGGUGUUUUUUUUUUUUUUUUUUAAAUUCCUUAUUAAUUGUUGUUUUUAUGUAGUCUAAGACAGUGGUUUUCAAAGUGAGGGCCGCCAGGGGGCGCUAGGAGGGCCUCAGAAAGUUGGAGGGACGAUAAAAAAAAUUGCGAAAAAAAGUAUACUUUUUAAAAAUAAUUAUUAUUAAAUAUAUUGUAAUUAGUUUUUUAAUCAUUAUUAUAAAAUAUAAUUAUUAAUAAUAAUACAUCUCGAAACGUUGUUUGCCAUGCUCAUCUCUCCGAUUGCCUGUGACAUUGCGGUUUGCACCAUUUAUCAAGCUGCUUUGCUCCUCAAGCUAGCGUAUUGCUAGCGCAAAAUGGACAGGUUUUUGAAGAAGAGACCGAAGGAACAAACCAACAGCCCUGCUGUGGAGGACACUGCUGCGAAAAAACUAAGAAGUCCUGGCCAACUAAAAUCCGAAAAUAUGAGGCAGCAUACAUUAAGUAUGGCUUUACAGCCAUACAGAAAAAUGGCCGUGAUUGCCCGAAAUGCGUCCUCUGUCUGGAGACCCUGUCAAACGAGUGCUUAAAACCUUCGAAACUUCAGCGUCACUUGGUACAAAAACAUCCGACAGAUGCCGAAAAAACAGUAGAUUUCUUCAGAUGCAAAGAAGAGCAUUUGGUCAGGCAAUCUGCUGCAUUCACCCAGCAAGCUACUGUCCCCGAGCGGGCCCUGAAGGCAUCAUUUUUAGCCUCGUACCACAUUGCUCGUGCUAAAAAACCUCACUCAAUUGGAGAAGAUUUGAUUUUACCAGCCACCAAAGUCACUGUCCGAGAAUUGCUUGGUGAGGAUGCUGCCAAAAAAAAAUCGAUGCUGUCCCACUCUCUGAUUACAUUGUGAGCCGACGGAUUGGUGACAUGGCUCAAGACGUAUCUGCUCAGCUGUUGGAGCAGGUGAGAGCCAGCGAAUACUUCGCACUUCAACUGGAUGAGAGCACAGAUUUAUCCAAUGAGGCCCAACUGCUUGUGUACAUCAGAUUUAUUUCACAGGAAAGAUUUGUGGAGGAAAUACUAUUUUGUAAAGCACUUGAAAGAAGAACUACUGGGAAAGACAUUUUUCAAGUUUUGGAUGAUUACAUCGAGUCUAACGGAUUGGACCGGACCCGUUGUGUGGGGGGGUGUUCGGACGGAGCCGCGGCAAUGACCGGGAAGAUCAGUGGAGUGACCGCUCUCAUUAAGCAGAAGGCCCCGCAUGUAGUGGCCACACACUGCAUGCUCCAUCGCAAGGCACUGGUCGCAAAAAGGAUGGGUAACGAGUUGAAUCAGGUACUACAGGAGGUUAUACAGUUUAUUGUUCAGUGCGAAAAUAUUUGUGUUGAAAACGUUAGUUAAUAAUAUUCUUAUGCUAAACAAACGUAACAAUUAUUGAAUAUUGAAUAAAAGUAAGAGAAAACAUUCUAAAAGUUGUUUCUUUACAUAUUUUGUAGCAUUGUCUGUGGGUUUGCAAAGGGGGUCCCCGGCCAGAAGCCAAUGCUGUUUGGGGGACCUUGGCAUGGAAAAGUUUGGGAACCCCUGGUCUAAGACACUGUUUUUUUUUCUGGAAUUUUUUUUUUUUGCGUUCACUGAAUGUUGUAAUUUAACAUAGCUGUUUUUAUAUUAAAUUAUGGAUUUAACCUUUCUGUAAUAAAAAAUUUCCCAAGCUGA